AUAAAUACCUCUCCCUCCCUCAUCUUCUUCCCCACACUCAAAGUAAACAACACAUCAGAUCUCAUCUCUUCAUUCUCAAAAAAAUAAAUAAAUAAAAUCUCGUUCGACCUCGACAGUACAAUAAUGGCGAAAGUUGCAGGACUACUGAACCUUCUCCUUGUGGUUUCCGUCGCUCUAUUCUUCGCAGGCUACGGCGCGGCGCAAGAGGCCUCAGGGGGGAAAACAGAGGUGAGUGACGUGAAGACCAAUGCGGAGGUUCAAAAUCUGGGGAGGAAAGCCGUAAUGGAGUUCAACAAGCGCCUGAACGUGAAGGUGAAUCCUGAGAACAAUGCGAAGAGGCUGGUUUUCACGGAGGUGAUCAAGGCGGAGAAGCAGGUGGUGGCCGGAGAGAAGUACUUCCUCACCAUCAAGGCCACCUCCGAAGACGGCCAGACCAAGACCUACGAGUCCGAGAUGUGGGUCAAGCCCGGUGAUGAGACUGUUCAUGAGAUGCUCAACUUUGCACCCGCCGCCGCCGCAUAAAUUUGUUUUCUGGUCAGUCCGCCGCCGUGGCGUGGCGGCUGGUAUUUUUUUAUGUCAUACAUGCAUGCAUGCGUAGUAGGUAGUGUAUGUAGUAGUCCCCGGCCGGUUAGGGUCCUUCAAUGCCAGCUUCAACAUUUUGUAAUGGCAUUGUUUUUUUUAUAUAUAUCAUUUAAAAACAUAAAUAAAAUAUUAACAUUAUUUUUUGACU